CCAUUAUUUUCAACAAAAUCCUAACUAUAAAACCUUCCCAUUUCCAUCUACUUCCUUUAUAUUAUUGUGAAUCAAAUCAAUCACCCUGUCGUUAAUCUGGGUUCUUCUCAAUCCUCCGAAUUAAUGCCUAGUCAGGUAUGUUGCAUGGAGAUGAGGAUUAAUCUGGACUGUCCAGCUUGUUGCAAGAAAAUGAGACGAGUCCUGCUCAAAAUCAAGGAGACGCAUAUGAUAGAGAGGCAAGAGUGCAGAGUAUGCGUGUGUGGCAGAUUCGAUCCAGCAGAAGUAGCAAUAAAGAUAAGGAAGAAAAUGAAGCGUAGAGUAGAGAUAAUUGAUGUUCAGCUAUUCAAUAACCAGGAAGAAGAAGAAGAAGAAGAAGCCCAGCAAAUGCAAGCCAUCGCUCAGCCUGCGUAAAUAGCUUUUCUUAUAUACAUAUCAAUGGUGAUUGGUUGGUUAUAGCAUUUCAUUUUAUUUAUUUUUUUAUAUUUUUUUUUCAUUCUAUGUAGUUUAUUUAUUUAUUCUUGUACUAAUUAAUUAGUGUGAAGUCUAGACUUUACUUGGGUGAUUGUCUAAUUUAAA